AUGUCAUUUCCAAGGAUGGCCGGGUAUAAUAGAAUCCAAAAAAUAUUAGAUGGGAAGAUGGCGAACACAGCCGACCUGGGCGUACUGGAUCCGUCGCUCUACAAAUCGGAUUGCCUCGAUGAAGAUCUUAUGUGGCCCGAGGGACAUGUGGGUCGAGUGUGGUUUACUCUGAAAUACGAGGCGGGGACUGAAAGGCUACAGGUGCAUAUUAUAAAGGCGAAACAUCUGCCUUCCCGCACCCCUGCUUUGGCCAAUGCGUGCGACCCGUACAUCAAGAUCCAAUUGAUGCCAGACGAGAGGAGGGUGCUUCAGACCAAACAAAAGAAGAAGACGUGCAACCCGUUUAUCGAUGAGUCGUUUGUUUACCAAAUCCCACCUGGCAAACUCGAAAGCCUAACUCUAAAAUUGUCAAUAGUGGAUACUGGUAGAGUUGGAAAAGGCAAACAACUGAUUGGACAUAUCAUCCUACCAUUGACUGAGCUGGAAGGAGUCGCACCUGAUGAAGAGCCGCAGUUGUACAAGCUUGAUAUAGAAAAGGAUCUUCAAGAGCCAACAUCUGAUCUGGGAGAGAUACUCGUCUCAUUAUUAUACAAUGAAAACCUUCACAGGCUAACAGUCACGGUCAUAGAAGCCCGAGCUCUAAAGUUGGAUCCUUCAUCAAGCAGGAGAGAAAUGGUCGUUCGAGUGACGCAAGAGCGAGCAUGCCGCGGAGUACGAGCUCGUCGCACUGCUGCUGUUGACGUCGGAGAUGACGGUUCCGCUUUUGUCUCUGAGUGCUUCCACUUCAGGUUGAAGGCUGAUGAACUCCAUACCACGAGUGUUACCAUACAGGCGUUGCAACCACACUCAGUAUAUGCUAAAGAUCGACUACUUGGCAAGUUCGUAUUAGGAUCAUACAUGUUCGCAAGAGGACGUGCUUUACAACACUGGAACUCGGCCCUCGCCGCGCCCAUGGAGCAAGUCAAACAAUGGCACCCGCUUACCAAUUAA